AGAAACUCACCAGUCAAAACAACAGACACAGAAUCGACACUCAAUAUAACAACGUCACCUGUCAGUACAACAGGUACAUCAAACAGUAUACCAGCAUCAUUGGUCAGUACAACAAAUAUAACACCCUAUAUAACAACGUCACCUGUCAGUACAACAGGUACAUCAAACAGUAUACCAGCAUCAUUGGUCAGUACAACAAAUGGUCAGUACCCUAUAUAACAACAUCACCUGUCAGUACAACUGGUACAUCAAACAGUAUACCAGCAUCAUUGGUCAGUACAACAAAUAUAACACCCAAUAUAACAACCUCACCUGUCAGUACAACUGUUACAUCAAACAAUAUACCAGCAUCACCGGUCAGCACAACAACUACGACACACAAUAUAAUAAGCCCAACAGUCGGCGCAAAAAGUACAACAUCCUCACAAGUCCAAACAACACUCAAUAUAACAACCUCAGUGGUCAGUACAACACAGAUAACACUCAAUGAAACAACCCCACUGGUCAAUACAAUAGAUACAUCACACAAUUUAAUGACUUCAGUGGUCACUACGACACAUACAACACUAGAUAUGACAGCCCAGCCGGUCAUUACAGCAGAUACAACAGAAAAAAUAUCAACCUCAGUGGUCAGUACAAAACAUACAACACUUGAUUUAACAACUCAACCGGUUGAUACAGCAGAUACAACAGACAAAAUAACAACCUCAGUGAUCAGGACAACACAUACAACACUCGAUUUAGCAACUCAACCAGUCAAUACAGCAAUUACACCACACAAUAUAACAAUCUCACCUGUCAGCACAACAGCUACAUCAAGCAGUAUAGCAAACUCACCAGUCAAAACAACAGGUACAGAAUCGACACUCAAUAUAACAACCUCACCUGUCAGUACAACAGGUACAUCAAACAAUAUACCAACAUCACCAAUCAGUACAACAAAUAUGACACACAAUAUAAUAAUCCCACCAGUCAGCGCAAUAGGUACACCAUACAAUACAACAACCUCACCAGUCAGCACAACAGAUACAACACACAAUACAACAACCUCACCAGUCAGCACAACAGAUACAACACACAAUGUAACAACCUCACCAGUCAGCACAAUAGGUACCUCAAACAAUAUACCAACAUCACCAAUCAGUACAACAAAUAUGACACACAAUAUAAUAAUCCCACCAGUGAGUGCAACAGGUACACCAUACAAUAUAACAACCUCACCAGUCAGCACCACAGAUAGAACACACAAUAUAACAACCUCACCAGUCAGCACUACAGAUACAACACUCAAUAUAACAACCUCACCAGUCAGCACCACAGAUAGAACACACAAUAUAACAACCUCACCAGUCAGCACCACAGAUAGAACACACAAUAUAACAACCUCACCAGUCAGCACAACAGGUACCUCAAACAAUAUACCAACAUCACCAAUCAGUACAACAAAUAUUACACACAAUAUAAUUAUCCCACCAGUCAGCACAACAGGUACACCAUACAAUACAACAACCACACCAGUUAGCAAAACAGAUACAACACUCAAUAUCACAACCUCAUCAGUCAGCACAACAGGUACCUCAAACAAUAUAUCAACAUCACCAAUCAGUACAACAAAUAUGACACACAAUAUAAUAAUCCCACCAGUGAGUGCAACAGGUACACCAUACAAUACAACAACCUCACCAGUCAGCACAACAGAUACAACACACAAUAUAUCAACCUCACCAGUCAGCACAACAGGUGUCUCAAACAAUAUACCAACAUCACCAAUCAGUACAACAAAUAUGACACACAAUAUAAUAAUCCCACCAGUGAGUGCAACAGGUACACCAUACAAUACAACAACCUCACCAGUCAGCAAAACAGAUACAACACUCAAUAUAACAACCUCACCAGUCAGUACAACAGGUGCCUCAAACAAUAUACCAACAUCACCCAUCAGUACAACAAAUAUGACACACAAUAUAAUAAUCCCACCAGUGAGUGCAACAGGUACACCAUACAAUACAACAACCUCACCAGUCAGCACAACAGAUACAACACACAAUAUAACAACCUCACCAGUCAGCACAACAGGUGCCUCAAACAAUAUACCAACAUCACCAAUCAGUACAACAAAUAUGACACACAAUAUAAUAAUCCCACCAGUGAGUGCAACAGGUACACCAUACAAUACAACAACCUCACCAGUCAGCACAACAGAUACAACACACAAUAUAUCAACCUCACCAGUCAGUACAACAGAUACAACACUCAGUAUAACAACCUCACCAGUCAGCACAACAGGUGUCUCAAACAAUAUACCAACAUCACCAAUCAGUACAACAAAUAUGACACACAAUAUAAUAAUCCCACCAGUCAGCGCAACAGGUACACCAUAUAAUACAACAACCUCACCAGUCAGUACAACAGAUACAACACACAAUACAACAACUUCACCAGUCAGCACAAUAGGUACCUCAAACAAUAUACCAACAUCACCAGUCAGUAAAACAAAUAUGACACACAAUAUAACAACCCCACUAGUCAGUGCAACAGGUACACCUACAAUAUAACAACCUCACCAGUCAGUACAACAAAAACAACACUCAAUUUAACAACCUCACUGAUCCAUACAACAGAUACAGCACACAGUAUAACACCCUCACUGGUCCAUACAAUAGAUCCAACACACAAUAUAACAACCCCAGCCAAAAUAACAGAAACCACAUUCGAUACAACAAAUUCAUCGGCCAGUACAAGAGAUACAACACUCAAUGUAACAGCUGCACUGGUCCAUACAACAAGUACACCACAUAAUAUUACAACCUCUCCAGUCAAAACAACAGAAAUGACAAUCAACACAAGUACACCACACAAUGUACCACCAUUAUCAAUCAGUGCAACAAAUACAACACCUAAAAUAACAACUGCACCAGUUAGCACAACAGGCAUACCCAUUAUAACAACCUCAUUGGACAGUACAACAGAUAUAGCACUCAAUGUAACAACCCCACCGGUCAAUACAACAGUACAAAACUUAACAUAUUCAGUCAACACAACAGUCACACCACUCAACCUAACUGUCACAAGACUCAGUUCAACAAACCCUACAGUCAGUACAACAGCCACAUCAAUUGACACAACAGCUGCAACAGUCACAGCACUUGAUAAAACUACAACAACACUCAACACAUUAAUCAUGCCACUUAAUACAACAGGUAUGUCACUCAUUACAACAGCCAUGCCACCUUCUCAGGUGGAAACAACAACACCACCCAAUACAACAGCACAGAUAAGUAAAACUCUUACUACAACAGUUAGACCAUUAAAUGCAACAGCUGCACCUCACUUUUCUACUGCCGUGCCACUCAUCUCAACUGCACUACAUCAUACAAUAGUCACACCAUUCAAUACAACAGUGGAAGUUCCAAACUCAACUUUCACAUCUGAAAUUGUGGAAAAUGGGACACAAUCUAGCACAAAUAGUUCUCAAAUCUCUGGCACAGAGUCCACCACCACCACAACCUUUCUGCCAAAUACAACACUGUUUAACUUGACAGCACUAUUACACCUAAAUGCAACAACACCCCCAUUAAACACUACACAACACAGCACCACAUUCACAAUUCAUUUAAACACUACUGAACAAGACAUCACAACAGUAUUUAACACUACAUUAUUCAGUCACAAUGUAACAACUCUCAUAGAAAAUAGGACAGAUUUAUCAAUACCUAAUGUAACAGAGGUUAACGUAACACUUAAAAUUACUACGAACCACAAAAACACAGCACAUCUAAACGUGAGCUCUCCUGUCUUAAAUACCACAACACAAUACCCACAUGUUACACAAUAUAACACAACCACUCUAUUUGAAAAUGCAACACACUCAAAUAAUACAAGCCUAGCCCACACUACAGAAUCACCAAGUAACGUAAAUGAAUCAAACACAACUCAACCUCUUGAAAGUACAUCUGAAUUAAAUACAACAGCCAUUUCGUAUUACACAACACAACUUCUGAAUGUUUCGACAGUGGAGACCACAGAUGCUGAAACUGAUACCACUACAGAUACACUAGAAUUUAAUACUACAAUGUAUUCAUUUAACUUCACAACUUUUAAUACAACUGAUGUCACUUAUUCCAACACAACAGACUCUCUGUUCAAUACAACUCAAUCAAAUACAACAGCCUUUACAAUCAACAUAACCUUGUUUAACACAACAGAUGCGCCACUGAAUGAAACCAAUUUCAAUGGGACUGAUGUCAAUCGUAGCAUCAACUCAACUGAGACCUCCAAUAUCACAUUGGAAUUUAAUACAACUGUUAGCCCUACAGUUAAUGUAACACAGUUUGACAUCACAAAUACAACACAGAUGCAUACAACAACCUUUCCAACAACAGAAAAUAUUACCAGUGGGCCAACCAACUCCACUUUAGAGCCUGUCACAACAGUUAGUCUUCUUAACACAACACAGUCAAAUGGCACAAUAGAAAAUGCAUUUACUGAAAAUAUAAUCACUAACACAACUACAACAAUCAAUCCAAUUAACAUUCCAAACAACAUACCAACAAAUACUACCGUUAUUAGCAUUGUCACAAAUAGCAGUACAGCUCCCACAACUGCUCCAUCAGUGAUACAUCCAAGCUCUCCUCAGAACAGCUCCACUUCCACAGCAGAAGCUCCAAUUAUUGCUCCAACUCCAACGACUAGCAAAAGCAACACAACAACAUUCACUACACUUCCAGCUGUGCCAACAACACCAGCCACUACCAUGGCAACUACUACAGGAGCAACAACUAAAAGCCCAGAUGCAGUGGCUAGCGAUCUUCUGAACAAAACACAGAAUUUGGCAUCUUUAAACUCAACUGAGGUCAAUCAGCUGGUCAACCAGUUAGAAAAUCUUAUCUCCGCACCCAAUAUUAGUCUGGAUCUAGGCCGAACAGUACUGUCCGUCAUCAACAACUUUCUAAACAGCUCUACAGAUACUGUGGCUGCCUCCUCAAACCGUUAAUCAAAGCUGUGGAUAACUUGGGUCUGAAACUUGUGAUUCGGGACCAGACCGAAAACAUCGUAUUUGAUUCACUUGCUUUGACUGUGACCAAAGUUGAUGGGACCAACUUUGGGAAAACAUCAUUCACAAUUGCAGA